GGUAGUGCCUUGAAUGAUAUAGAAAAACAGGCAACAAAAAAGGCGCAGAAUCAUGGCAAUGUCUUUUGUGAGCUUCACCUUUUAACUUUCCAUCUCUCUCAGCAUCCAAGCCUGAGAAUAACAACAAAUAUACUAUAUCUCACAGACUCAUACUAGCCUCGCCUGUCCCGCUUCUUUCAUUACAUUCCUUUACAGUGUGUCUUAUUUACUCCCUCCACUCUCUUCAUCCAAUCCAUUCCUAUCGGCGCCCUCUCUUCUUCUGAGAAGCGCCGCCGUAAUGGGUUGUGAUGAUUAUUCCCAUCACAGAUCUCAAUCCUCUCAGCUCCUCCAACCUUCUUCACCAUCACCUCCACCGUCAUCAUCAUCAUCGGAGUCCAGUUUUCGGGAGCUCGAGGAUGCCUUUCUCCAGACUCAAACAAGAAUUUGGCUCGGAGAAGUGUUGCAAAUAAGAUUAGAUGAGAAUCUCGUUAUAUCUGAAGUUCUUGCUGAUGGAGAAUUGCUGUUUCAAGUUUCAAAAGUCGUGUGGAGAUUGCUGCUGGCAAAGCAUACGGAUUUAAGGCACAUAAAAGCGUUCCAGCAUCUGCCUUUUGCUUCCAAGGAGAACAGUGGCAGAUAUAGGCCUUAUUCUAAUGUUGAUUCAUUUCUGAAGAUAUGCAAAAUCUUGGGAUUGACUGGCAUAGACCUCUUCUCUCCGUCAGAUGUUGUAGAGAAAAGAAAUACUCGAAAAGUUUGUAUGUGUAUACGCUCAUUCUCAAAAAAGGCAAGGUCGAAGAAUGUAAAUGUUCCAGAUUUUGACGUUGUCUCGUGCACAAUAACUAUGCCUAAGAAUAUAGUUGGAUGCCUUCGUAGAAACUUAGAGUCGUCUCAGAGUAGCCUUGCAGAUUCUCCUACUUAUUACAUGCGGAAGCAGGCAGAAGCAAAACACAGGCAGGGUUACUCUCUCGCUGCCUCCCCCACGGACCAUGAGACAUAUUUGGAAGAGUAUGAUGCCACAGAAAUAAAUCAUGCAGAACUUCGAUCUGAGGCUGAGUUUGAACUUUUAAGUUCAGAGGAAUCAUUGCAUCCUUGCUCGGAGAACAAAGAACAUGAUUGUGGUGUUGCUUGGUCAUCAUCUCCUCGUGACAAUUCACAUUUAGAUACGAGAGUUAAACAUGUUCAAGAAAGUGGCUUUAUGGGCUUCGAUUAUUCUGAUCAAAGCUUGUUUGGAGGAAGAGAUGCUUUGGAGCAAGUGGCAACCUCAAAUCUUGAAGAAGAUAACACACCAAAUGUACAUCACAGUGCCAGUUCUCAUGGUUCAAACUCAACCCCAAGGAGUAUUGAAUAUGAUAGGGGAUAUCUUGAUAUCUGUGACAAUAUGGAAGUUAUGAGAAAUUGGUCAAUGGAACCAGUCAACUUGAGUAGCAAAUUUGAUGCGCGGGACAAUUUGGAGACCCUUGGGUCUGUUGAAAUUCACAAUGACAGGAUGGAUCAGUGGAACCAAAUAAUCGGAUAUAAAUCGCAGGAAGCAAUGGAACAUAGGAAAAUGGCAUAUGAGAUCGCUUCUAAUGCUAAUUAUUUACUCUCUGUUGAGAAAUUUGAGGGCGACAACAAUUCUCUAUAUUCUAAUAGUUUUCACGAGUCCGAGGAUUUACUGUCAUUUCAGUCUUAUCUGUCGUCUGAGUUUUGUAAAUGGGAUCAGAAAGGAAAAUGUGCUUUGAUAUCGCCCAACGAUCGUAGAAGCUUUACCUCAUCUCUUCCAAAGGUGGGAUCCUGUGAGGAAAAUACUCCUUGUGCAAGACAUAAAUCGUCUGAAGUCAAACCCUCUGAGCCAAACGAAGAGGAGGUUGAAGUGAAAUUACUCAAAUUAGACAUUGAUGGUGAACAGACAAACAAGGAUUGUCAGGUUGUUCUAUCCAAUGUUGAAGGCGUGGAUUACCAUGAAAAGUGUCCCUCUAAUGAGGAAGACGCUAAUGAUAAUGACACAGGUGACAGAGGUGAGAGAGUAUUAUAUGUGGUAACCGAUGAGGAUGUAUCUCACACACGAUCCUGCUUACCAAACGAAUGCUCGAAGCUUGAAUGCGAAGAUGAUGAUCAAGAAUAUCAACACGACAUGGAUCCCACAUGCCAUUCAAAAUAUACCAUUGAGACGCGUCUUCCGGAAGAAAUAACACCAGAAGAUGAGAAGGCUUCUGAUAAUUUGGCUCAGAAAACAGAGGAAAGUGUAGAAAGACCAAGAGGGAAACCUCAAAACAAUCUAAUGUUAAAAUCAGUCUUGGGUGGCACUGCUGCGGUUGGCAUGUUGGUCAUGUUCUUGCACUUUAGGAGGAGCGGCAGAGAAAAAGAUCCAGCAUCAAUUAAGACAUCAUCCGGUGACACUGCGAAAGCUAAGGUUCAGAAAUAUCCAUCUCAGAAGACGCAAAGGAGAAGUAGAACAGAAGGAGUUUAUCCGGCCGAAAAGCUCAAGUUGGGCGGUUAGAAUGGGGAUCGCUUCUGAGUUUAACGUUGCCGGUUCAAUUCUGAGAAUUUCAGGCAGUCAGAAAAAUCUGUUUUGUUUUUUUGGUCAGUCAGAAAAGUCCUGUUAAAAGUAGUUAUCGUGGAGAUCGAAAUUUCCAACCCCACUCAUCUUCAAAUACUGUUCCUAUCAGAAAUGUUUCAAAACAAAAUGUACAUCCAUAAAAUAUUUCCAACUUCUAAAUGAGUUUUGCGAAAGGUUCAUAUAGAAUUUAGAUGUUUGUAAAUCCACCAUUUGACUUUUUUCUCACUUCAUUAUAAUGUGAACCCGCUUUUCUUUAUUA